AUGGCAUCCGCAGCCACCGACUGGGACCUCAUUUCCUCGUAUGCCGGUCUCCUGUCGCUGGCGUGCGCGUCCAUCUACGCGGGAUCUCAUGGCUCGCUCUCGGUGAGUGACUUUCACAAAUGUGGUCUUCGUAAGCCAGGCGCGGCGCCCACAGAAGAGGACGAAGAGGAAGAGACCGAGCGUAUUUCGUCCGAGGACGCUUAUCUCUUCCCCGUUAUUGGCUCAGUCGUUCUCUUCGGGCUUUACCUGAUUGUAAAGUUCUACGGGAAAGAAUGGAUUACAUGGCUGCUGCAGUGGUACUUCACCUUCGCUGGCGUGGGGAGCGUGGGCAAGUCUUUGAUAGCGCUCAGUCGAUGGAUCGUCGGCGAAGCUCGAUGGAAGACAUUUGAUAUUAACCGACUGACCAUUAAGAAGGGCUCCAAAGAGCUUUUUUCGGUUUCGCUGCGGACCCCAUCCCUGUGCCUGAUCCCCGCAGGGUCCAUUCCCUCGAUACUCUACACAUUCGGCGACAGUGCCACACGUCGUUCUGCACUGCUCACCGACGUUUUGGGGCUCUCAUUUUCCCACAACGCUCUUUCCCUGCUCAAACUAGAUUCCUUCAAGACCGGAUGCAUUCUGCUUUCGGGGCUCUUCCUUUACGACGUCUGGUGGGUUUUCGGGACCGAAGUGAUGGUGAAGGUCGCCACCACUCUCGACGUCCCCAUCAAGCUGCUAUGGCCCAAGUCGUACGUGUUCUCGACCGAACGCGGAUUCACUAUGCUCGGCCUCGGCGACAUCGUGAUUCCCGGGAUGUUCGUCGCCACCGCGCUUCGCUACGACUACCAUCGUGCCUUGAGCAAGGGUCCUGGCACGCCAGUCACGAAGACGUACUUCGCCGCCGCGCUUGCGGCGUACGCGCUGGGCCUCAUCACGACGAUGUCGGUGAUGCAUAUCUUCCAGAAGGCGCAGCCUGCCCUCUUGUACCUCAGCCCUGCUUGCAUCCUUUCGUUCCUUAUCACCUCCCUUGUUCGCGGCGAGUUCCAGGACGCUUGGAGUUGGUCGGAUGAGGACAAAUCCGACAAGACUGCGAAACCCACAGAGAAGGGGAAUGCGACAAAUGGCGCUGCAGGUCAGAGCCAGAAGGCUCUCCCUCCCACACCGUCGAAGGUGCCCGAGGAGAAGUCGAAGUCGAAAUCGAGGUCGAAGCCGAAAAAGGCGCACAGUUGA